CGGUUCGCCUCAAUCCCCAAAGGAAACCGUUGGAAAAUGCCGAAGGCCGGCAGGCGGCGCACGAGGGCGGAUCCGGGGACCGGGACGGGGAGGGAAGCGAAGAAGAAGAAGAGAGCAGAGGACCGGCCGGUGUUGUUCGCGGCCUUGGAGAGUGAAAAAUCCCAAUCCGAAGCAAAAUUAGAUCGUGUGUACGCCGAUGUGGUCGAGUCCGCGACGGAGGAAUCCUCCGAUCCACCCAGCCCUCUGCUACAUAGACCCUACAUCCCCGACGAGCUAGCUGAUAGGGCGGACAUACGUGCCGCUUUCCGGGAGGCCAAUGCCACAUACGAAGCAGACACAGAACGUCGGUCUGCUGUCCUCACCAUGGAUCGGUACUCUUCUAGUUCCUGCCUGUCCAACGACCGACGCCUGCUUCACAUCCGGGAGGCAGCCAAGGAUGCCGUGCUUCUUGCCGCCAACUCUAUUAUCAGCCUCUCGUCCUAUCUUGACGACGAGCCGCUGAAUAGGUGCUGUGGUUUGUGGAUUCAACGGGACGACAAGAAGAAAACCGCCCUUGUUUUGACGUCCGCCUAUCUAAUUCGCGCAAAGGAUCCCCCCUCUGUGAGGAACCAGCUGACAGGCAAAUGUCAUCGUGAUGCUAGCGUCAUUGUUCACUUGCUGGACGGCACAACUGCAUUAGCCCGUCUCAUCUACCUCCAGGAGCAGUACGAGUUAGCUCUUUAUGAGGUUGUAGUGGACAAAGCGGUUCAACUGUCCACUUUUAAUGACAAUGUGCAUUCUGGUCAAGAUGUUUUCCGACUUGGAAGAGAUGAAAGUCUUGAUCUAAGAAUAACCCAUGGUAGGGUGGAAUAUAGGAUUCCAAACCGCCAUGAGAGAUGCCACUACAUGUAUUUUUCCCACGAUGAUGAACGCAGUGUAUCUUCAACAACAACAUCAAAGCCUUUUUCGCAAGGAAAUUGGGACAGGCUAGAUGAACGCAGUUGGCAUGAUGAUGGAGGCCCUAUCAUUGACUUAGAAGGGAAGGUUGUGGGAAUGGUCAUCAAUCAAAUGAAAGAUACCUUUUUACCUUCUUCUAUAUUGCACAAAUGCUUGGAUUUGUGGAGAAAGAUGAAAUGCAUCCCUCGUGCCCACCUUGGAAUGACUUUUACUUCUAUCAAGUUUCUAGAUCCUAUUUGUAUUGAGAGGAUGAGACGUAAGCAUAACAUUGAAUCCGGUCUUAUUGUUGAACAAGUGUCAAAAGAAUCAAAUGCUGAGAAACUUGGAAUCCGCAAGGGUGAUAUUAUUGAACGUUUGAAUGGACAGUAUAUUUCUACUACAACCGAGUUGGAAAAAAUGUUGCUGGACAUAGGCGGGGACCAUUUUCCUAAAGCAAAAGUCUUAAAUGCCAAGCUAGAUAUUCCUAUUCAAAUAUUUCGUGCCACGAAACUUUGCCGAAGAGCUAGGAACUUGACUGUAACUGUAUCGGAUUGUGGAGAAGACAUCAUAGAAGGCACUUGCCCUAUCACUGUUGGCCUUUGGAGAUGAGUCAAUUAUAAGUACAUUUUUUGAUCAACUGAUUCUAGCAUGGACACAAGUUCCGUAGAUUACCAAUUAACCCGAUGCCAAUUAUGGACACAAGUUCCGUACAUUAUUUUUGUGUAUCCUCAAACAAGAACUUUAAAUUAUGAUGCUAUUUUAAAUGUAAUUUCUGGAACGUAUAGAAGAGCAGAAUCUGGCUACUUAUUGUGUUUU